GCACGGAAGAGCCCUCCGUGUCCAAGGCGAUGAGCCCAUGGGCCAGGCGGGCAGGAACACCGGUGGGCUUUUGGUUGUCAAUCUCCUCUGCAUUCUCAAAUCUCAAGGUAUUCAGGAUUCUUACAGGCAACUUGGUUCGGCCCUCACGACAACAUUUCUCGCUGUCGCACUGGCACCUCUUUGCAUUAAUUCUUUCAUACCACCAUACAUGCAGCUUCCAUGAGAGUCGUUGGU